AUGAAUAUUACGGAUGUAUUCAGGCUGCUCUUUAUGUCUGUUACAAUCAGACUUCACGACGGAUUCGAAGGUAUGCAUCCGGAAUACAACAUACAGAGAUAUGGGAAGUAUUGCGGCUUGCCAGACGUGAAGAAUUAUUUUGUUAUGUACUUCUUGGUGGUUGUAUGCCUUAUCGGUGUGGGAUCGUAUGUCGUCAUGAUCGUCGCCCGGUUUAAAGGUGAGUGGCGAGCUUUGGUUAUUCAGUCGUGUAUGCCGAUAUUCUUCUCGUUUCCCACGAAAUUCCUUUAUUUCUUCAUGCAGUUCGGCGUUUUCGAAUCGUUAACUGCCGAAUAUCUGGUGUUCGCCAUGUCUCCGAUGCUUGCCGUGGUUGAUCCUUGCGUAACGAUGUAUUAUGUGUUGCCUUACAGGAACUAUAUUCUGAAAAAGCUUAGGCUUAGCAAGGGCAAGGAAUCUGCGCUGAGAAUCGAUGCGUUGCCUCCGGCGAGCCUUCCAACUAGGAGUGUUCAUUUCACAGCUGAAACAAUGUAA